AGAUAGUGGAAGGACCACAGAGCAUGCAAAAGACAUGGAAUAUUUGAUAUCCAACAGUACUUGCCAAGAGAAGAUUUGUUAAUUGCAAGGGAAAUGAACUGAAAGAAUGACACUGAAUCCCAAGGAUCCUGUGGAAUUUGCUGGGUAAUUGCCACUGUUGAUGUAUUAUUUCUCUGCCAGAUUUAUACAGAAGUUUUUUUAAGAGAAAAAUUGCCAUGAAAUCUGCCCGUCAUAGACACACAUCAAGUCACACCAAGUUCACUCUCAGGAUGGAGAAGCAAUAUAUCAACAAGAUGUGCCAAACAGAAGAAAUGGUAGAAGAAAUUAUUCUAUGCAAGACAUAUUUGCUGAAUUUUUUCCAGUGACAUAUUUAAAAUUGGGUGAAGAAGAUGAUAUUGAAGCAAUAUGAUGAGAAUAGGUCAGAAUUCAAUCUAGAAAAAAAUCCACUUCUGCAGCUUCAGUCUCACUAAUAAUUUACCAAGUAAUACCAUGGCGUGUGUAUGGCUCUAUUACAGAUUGUUUUUUCCUUAGGGGCUAAUAGUAGCCAGACUAAGUGCAGAGGGAAAAUUGAACAAGAACUUGCUUAUUUCAAAUAUUUUACUAACCUUGGUUUUGGAUAAGUGCUGACUCUAGUGCUAAGGCAGCCAUGGCUGCUGUGGGCUGGGGGACACCUCACCCUCUGCACUGUUUACAGAACCUCUGCUAGUCUGGCUGAAACUCAGCAUUUUCAUGUUGCUUGUUUAUAUGAUGUUCUACUGCUGGUUUUAAGGGCUUUCUCUUCUGCAUGUACUGUUUUACAGUCAACUGUGCCACACUGAUGGAACUAAAGGCAUUGUUAAAUUUCACUGCAAGGAUGAUUUCCUCUGGUUGAAAGAAUUUGAAAAACUGCUGCCAUUCAAUAGGUGGAGAGAUGCAACUUAAUGCUCUGUGUUGAAAAUGCUACCCGGAUGCAACCCUAGUCAGUGAUUAAGAGGUAUGGAAACGUAGGAAAAAAUCCAUGAUUUGGAAAAAUUGUGAAAAUCAGCUGGAUUUGGUUGGAGUGAAGUUAGUUUUCUUCACAUUGGCUGAUAUGGGGCUGUGUUUUGGCUUUGUGCUGAACACAGUGAUGAUAGCACAGAGAUGUUUUAGUUACUGCUGAGCAGAGCUUACACAGAGCCAGGACCUUUUCUGCUCCUCACACUGCCACGCUGGCAGAGAACCCAGGGGUGCUUGGGACAGUGGGAGGAGGCACAGCCAGGAGAGGUGACCCCGACUGAUCAAAGGCAUGUUCCAGACCAUGGGACAGCACGUUCAGGACAUAACGUGGAGGAAAGAAGAGGGAAGGGGGCAUGUUUGGCAUGAUGACAUUUGUCUUCCCAAGUGACACUUAGAUGUGAUGGGAACUGCUCUCGUGGAGAUGGCUGAGCUCCUGCCUGCCCAUGGGAAGUGAUAAAUUAACUCCUCAUUCUGUUUUGCUUGAGUGUGUGGCUCCUGCUUUCCCUAUGAAACUGUCUUUAUCUCAGCCCUCGAGUUUUCCAGCUUUUACCCUUCCAAUUCUCUGCUCCAUUCUGCUGGUGGAGGAGUGAAUGGGUGGCUGCCUGGGGCUUGGCUGCUGGCUGGGGUUAAACCAUGGCAGGAAAAAAUUUUAGGGGUCCAUUUUUUAAGCCUGAUGUGGUCAGUAUUCUGAAGGUCCUUUUUUUUUUUUCCUUCCUUUGUUUCCCCCCCCCCCUUUUUUUUCCUUUUUUUUUUUUUUUUUUUUUUUUUUUGGUCAUUCUAGUACCAAGCUAUUUAUUAUAGCAAGUAAUCUGCAGACUAAACCUUCCCAGACCCUUGCAUUGCUAAUUCCAGUAAAUUGCUCCCUCAUUAUAAGCAAUAUAAAUGAUGUAUAAAACUUCCAAAUUACUCUUGUCCCCUUUAACACUCCCAUACUAUAAUCUGGCUGAUACUUUUGCAGAUACAAAUCAAAGUGUUGAAUGGACUGCUGAUAACAAAUAGCACACACGACUAUGUCUUUGCAGGAAGUUCAGUGAGAUAAAUCAAUAGAGAAAUAACAUACUUGUUAAAUGUUCCGUAAAUCUCCCCCAGACGCCUGAUUCACAGUGCUUUACUUAGGUCUAUUCAGAAUCUAUUUGGUUUUCAAAUUGCGCUGUUAUCUUGAUUUAUUUAAAAGCGGAACGGAAGAAGGAAAGCCUCAGUUCCUAUUCCCAUCGGUUGCUCUGUUUUUGCCACAAACUUGGUGGGGAAGCGCUUCUCGGGCGCCGCGCAGGACAGGGGGGCCCCCUGCGGGCGGGAUCCCUCUGCCUCCGGGGAAUGGGCUGCUGCUCUUGCCUUCGCCCAAGGGCUGGCUGCACCGAUAGCCGCCCUUUACAGCCUCCUUGUCCGUGCCGCUCGCUUUCAAAUGAGGCUCCCGAAGUCCCGAAAGCAGCAGAGGCGUUCAUGGGUCCCUGUCCGGAGUGCGGUCAUUCGGGGAGGGCGAAGCGCGGUCCGGCUCGGUGCGAGGUUUCUCAAGCGCGAAAGCACGGGGGGUUUCCGGGUCUCCCGGCGGCUCGGCGAAGGUGCGGCAUCCCAAAACUUGUCCCCACGCAGGACGGGGAAGGUUCUGUGGGAGCUGAUCCGCGGGGGACACAUCGGGAAGGGGAAUCGUAUGGCGACUGGGGGGAUCCCGUCGGGGGAGUGGGGAUCACAUCGGGAGGGAUCAUAUCGGGGGAGAGAGCAUGACACCGGGAGGGGGUCGAGGGAAGAGGGCAUCGCCUCUAGUCCCUCUGGCCGGGCGCUUGCCGCACUGAACCCGCGGGAACGCCGGGUUGAUUCACACGCACGGUUCCCGGGCAGGUGUGCGGGACGGGACGGGACGGGACGGGACGGGACGGGACGGGACGGGACGGGGGCGAUCCGCGGGGGCAGCGGGCGCGGGGGCCGCGCUCAGCACCCGGGAGAGCUCCGAGCCCAGCGCGCAUGCCCCGCCCCGCCGGCGCGGAUAAAAGCGCGGCGCGGAGCCGAGCGGCGCCAGCGCUGUCACCGCACGGCCGGCAACGCGCCGGAGCCGGACCCCGCCGCCGCCGGGCAGCCUCCGGGGGAAGAGCUCCCGCCGACCCAUCUCCCACCCUAGCAUGGGAUGGGCGAGCCCUGCGAGCACGGUGCCUGCUCGCCAGCCGCUGGCAUAAAGGAAGGAGCGGACAGGGAGUCCUGGGACACGGCGCUGGGUUUCCUGGAGAGCGCUCAGAUGGACAACGGGAGCAACGUGUCCUUCCUGCAGUUCUUGAAGACCGUCAACCUGGAGCGAGCCGACGGGAUGCAGGGGGACAGUUCUGAUGUGGUGCGGAUCGUCAUCUCGCUGGUGUACUCCGUGGUGUGUGCCCUGGGACUGGUGGGCAACCUGCUGGUGCUCUACCUGAUGAAAAGCAAGCAAGGCUGGAGGAAAUCCUCCAUCAACCUCUUUGUGACCAGCCUGGCAGUGACUGACUUCCAGUUUGUGCUGACCUUGCCAUUCUGGGCGGUGGAGAAUGCGCUGGACUUCAACUGGCUCUUUGGCAAGGCAAUGUGUAAGAUCGUCUCCUACGUGACAGCCAUGAAUAUGUACGCCAGUGUAUUCUUUCUCACUGCCAUGAGUGUGGCUCGAUACCGCUCUGUGGCUUCAGCCUUGAAGAAUCAGCGUCGGGGAGACCCACUGGGUGGCUGCUGCUCUGCCAAAUGGCUUUGUGCACUCAUCUGGCUGUCAGCUGUCCUGGCUUCCCUGCCCCAUGCCAUUUUUUCCACCACUGCCACUGUCUUUGAUGAUGUUCUUUGUCUUGUCAAGUUCCCAGAGGGCCGAGGCAACAAUGCCCAAUUCUGGCUGGGUCUGUACCACAUCCAGAAGGUGCUGCUGGGCUUCGUGGUGCCGCUGGCCAUCAUCAGCCUCUGCUACUUGCUCCUGGUGCGCUUCAUCAGUGACAAGCAUGUGGGCAGCACCUGCAGCGGCCCCAGCAUCAAGCGCCGCUCCAAAGUGACUAGGUCAGUGUCCAUCGUGGUACUGUCUUUCUUCUUGUGCUGGCUGCCUAACCAAGCACUUACAACGUGGGGGAUACUCAUCAAACUCAACGUGGUGCACUUCAGUAACGAGUACUUUCUCUCCCAAGUGUACCUCUUCCCCAUCAGCGUGUGCCUGGCACACUCCAACAGCUGCCUCAAUCCCAUCCUCUACUGCCUCAUGCGCAGGGAGUUCCGCAAGGCACUGAAGAGCCUCCUCUGGAGGAUCACCUCACCUUCCCUCACCACCAUGCGCCCUUUCACUGACACCACCAAGCCUGAGAAGGAGGAGCAGGCCCUGCAUGCCGUGAUGCCUGUCCACCCUGUCCCUGCUGCUCCCCGUGCUGCAGCCGUCCAGGCAGAGGUGGCCUAUUACCCCCCUGGGGUGGUGAUGUACAGCAGCCGCUAUGACCUGCUGCCUGCCGGCUCCAUGGAGCAGCACUGCUGAGGGGCAGGCGGCUCUGGGGGGGUGGGACAGUGCCAGAUGUGGCCUGGGGAUAUUGGAUACCUGGUCAGGACAAGGGGAGGAGGGAUGAGUAAAGGAGAACUUCUGUGUGAGAGAUGCUCUUUUGCGGUUUUGUCUGCCCUCAGAGACACUUAAUGGACACUGUUGUCUUCAAGAUGCACCCUGAGCUGGAGAACAGACAGGGGGGAGGUGGGGUGUUUCUUUGAGAUGCCUUUUAGUGCUUGUACUUAUUCUGGGAAACAGGAAAUAAUGAGGGUGAUGAGACUCCAGCCAGGGAGGAUGCAGGAUAUACAAAGCACCACAGGGAGGUGAGGGGCUGGUUGGGGUGGACUGAGGCUGGAAGGCCUCAACCACAUCCCCUCAAGCUGGAGUUGCAAGCAGCCCUCCCACCCUGUGUGUUUGUCUGUGGCAGAGAGAGGGAGCUGAGCUGCUUUCUCCCUGCUGCAGGACCCUGCAAAUGGAGCAGGCCUGACUGGUCACUGCUCCCUGGGCUCCGCUGAGGGCACGGGGAUCAGACAGCCUCUCUUCUAUUUCAAACCUGCCCUGAGGGGAACAGCCAGGACAAGUGGGUACAAAGUUCCUGCUUCUUCAGGUUUGGAGCUUUUCCCCUCUUUUAGGGACUUAGGAAAGAGCAGGGACAAGGAACACUGUGCUCCUCUCCAGAUCAGUGCAGGAUCUGCUUUUCUAGUACCCCCAUCCCCUCAGCUGCUGUCAGGGUAUAGAGCAACCCAGACAGCCAGAGAGAAAUCUGAGGAUGGAAUUUGCAGCUUCAUGGGAUGUUCCUUUGCCUGGGUUUGGAGGGAGGGUGUGAGCGCCCUAAUACUGUUCUCCAGCCUCUCUCCAGGCCACUCAGGGGAAAGGAAACCUCACAGCCCCAGACCAUGUGUAGCAAGACAGCAUCUCUCCCAGGACACUGAGGUUGCAGGCUUGAUUGUGACUGCACUUCAGACUGUUCAUAUUUCACUUCAGGAAAUCAGCACAACUGUAAAUAAAAUGGAUAAAUAAAUAAAUAAUAAUAAAAAACAUGGGGAAAAAAGAAACAAUCCUAGCCACUUCAUAUCACUUGCUCUGAGAUACUUCUGGGUUCACUCAAGACCAAGCACAAAGGCUUUAGUUCUGCUGAGAGCUUGCACUGACUCUUGCCAGUGUUUCAGUGAAGUUCAGUUCCUCUAGUCUGAGCAGCCCUAGGGCCUACAGUGCUUAUGUAGCCUAGAGAAUGUCAGGGAUUGGCCUUUACCAGCCUCUGUGCCAUGGAAAUGCCUGGGAAAUAAUUUGAGGCUUAACUGAAUUGAACUUUUAGGGGGAUGAAAAAAGUGUAUUUUUAAGCUGUGAAAGUUUUUAUGAUAAGGCUAUAUAUCUACUUCUUAAAGUAUUUUUUUUUUAAUUCUGAGGAAAAUAUUUGAAAUUAAAAGAUCAAAGUAUUUGUUUUGAAUGAUAGAAAAAUGCAACAUUUCUGGUUUUGUUUUCAGAACACAAGUUUAUUAAUCCCUAGCACUGCAUGUAAGAUGAUUAUUUAAAUAUAAUUUUUGAAACUGUUUUCUAUUUCCAAUCCCUUUCCUUGCAGUCUAACUUCAACACCUACCUGAUUCUGCUAAAAAGGCAUUUAUGCUGAAGGUUGUUUGUCACCUCUAAUACUAACAUGGAGUAAAUCUGCUAUUUCUAUCCAGAGAAAACUGCAAUGCCAUAGUGACAAUUAGAUUUUUCAGACUCUGUUAGGUGUAUUGUAUGUGUUGGUAAUUCCUGUUGUAAAAUUCGUGUUUGGUCUGAAAGCAGCUGGUUCUGCUACUUGCAAGGAGAAGUAGUUAUCUUUUUUUUUUUUCAAGGCAGAAAAGGCUUCUUCAGCCUGGGGUAUUUGCUAACAGGGAAGAUAUUGAUUUACAAGUUGCCUGAAGAAGAACAGCAGAAGUGAUGAGGCAGCUGAUGAGCAUACAUACACAGAUGCAAAGACUCCGAAGAAAUCACACAUAUUUACAGAAGAACUUGAGCAUCUAAAUACUGUACAACUGCCUCUCUAAUCUCCUAAAUCCUGACUUGGUUGACCGGUGAAGUCUGUAGGUAUUUAAGUUUUUUCUAGUAAAAUUUUUGUGCCUAGAAGUCUGUUCCUGAGCAUGCCUAAAUCUGCUUAAUUCUGUAGCACUUAUUUCUGUGCUUUAUGGGGAUAUCUCUGUUGGGACUGGCCACAGUGUGUAUCCUGUGAGGGAGACAACUCUGCAUCCCAACACAGAAGACCCUGUGCCAGGCCACACUAAGAGAGAAGUGGCUGUGAACUCAACUCAUUCCCCCCUCCCUUUGAAUCUGUGCCUGGUUGUGCUGCUUCUGUCCCAGCUUCAAUGUAUGUGCAAAUUACGCUCCGUCCCCUUCCCUUGAGAAAUGCUAAGUUAGUGGGCACAGCUAUCCUCCACAGCCUGAGAGAUUCAGCCUCUCCUUUCCCACAUCCCAGGGGAAUGGUUGAAUCUCUGGGCUGCUUUGUGAAUGUGCUUAUAUUCUCUGGCUUGAAACAGUUCGCUGUUGCCUGAGUUGCUCGCUGUUGCUGGAUCACAAGGGCAGCGAAAGCUUGGCAGCACAGUGGUUAGGCUGCAAUCUCCAAAGAGGAAAUGUGGAGAGAUUUUUUUCACUGCAGAUACAGACUAGAAAUUGGAUUGAGAUCUGGGUUCUAGGUCUCCCCUUCCCAAGAACAGUAGUUAACUUCCUCCCAGGUCCUGGUUCAACUUAAGUUCCAGUAUACUAUCCAGGAACCUGAAGUCUUUCUGGACCAGCAGGUAAAGCAGCGUAAUGUGCUAAAGCAUUUGCAAAAAACUGCAUUUCUGCUCUGGGAGAAAGCCCUAAUAUCUGUGUUGCAGGUGAAGAAAGUUCACAGUUCUAUGAGAAAAGUGUACCAUGAGCUCUCAAGUCCAGAGUUCAGAGAGGAAAAUUGUGUUUCUGUAGGCCAGGAGAAAGUAUCUAAAUUAAGAAUAUGGGAGGAAUCUCACAGCCAGAUGCUCUUCUUACUGUUUGCUUUUGAACAGUGUAAUUUCUUGCUUAACUUCCUGGAAAUUUUUUUCCUAUCUGAUGUUUAACUGUUCUUGUGCAUUAAAUAAACAGCUGUCCAAGUGUCUAAA